UGGUGAUUUCUCAUAGGUUCAGAGAGGAUUAGUGAUCUACGUGUGCUUUUUCAAGGGAGCUGAUAAAGAACUUCUUCCAAAAAUGGUUAAUACACUGUUAAAUGUGAAAUUAAGCGAAACAGAAAAUGGCAAGCUCGUCUCUAUAUUGGAUCUACCUGGCAACGUUCUCAUCAUUCCUCAAGCCACCCUUGGGGGGAAAGUGAAAGGAAGAAGCAUGCAGUAUCACUCUAACUCUGGGAAAGAAGAAGGGUUAGAACUCUAUUCCCAAUUUGUGAGUCUCUGUGAAAAAGAAUUGGCUGCAAACAGCAAGUGUGCUGAAGCUGGGGUUGUGGUGGAACAUGGCACUUAUGGGAACAAGCAGGUGUUAAAGCUGGAUACCAAUGGACCAUACACACACCUGAUUGAGUUUUGAGAAGUUAAAAGUUUCUACAGUUGUUUUCUGGUAUGAAGUGAUCCAAACCAUAAUUAGAUUUACCUUGCCCCUCUUCUUCUUGAAUAUGAUAAUCUGAAGCAUUUUUAGACAAGAAAAUCCUGGGUCCCAUCCAUAACUCUGCAACCUGCUAAUUGAAUGAACUUGCCAAUCACUUGUACUCUGGAUCUCAGUCACCUUUCAUUCUGCUUUCCCCUACACUUCGACUUGAAAUUUUGAGAAAUGCUUUCUAUUCACUUUAUGGUCAUUGUGGAAAUGUUCUUAGCUGUAUGUAUUUUGUAAAUGAAGAGUUCUGUGCAAUCAAGAAAAAUAUAUUUCUUAUACCCUCAAAUUUAUGUAGUAUGUAAUAAAAAUAACCAUUAAAAUUAGUUAAAAUCCAGCACAAACCAAUUAUAAUCUUGUCAGUUUUGUUUUACUAUUCAGUUUUCUAUAUUUUGAAUGAAAAAAUAUGCAAUUUACUAUUCUUUUUAAUACCUAUGAAAAUGUAAUAUAGAAAUGUUACUGUGUAUUAUAAUAUUACUUUCCAAGGAUAUCAAAGUGUUUUUAAAUUAUUUUAAGAAUCUUUAUUUGGUAUAGGAACAAGGUAUGGGGAAUUAAAAGUUGUUUUUAUUUACUAUAUCAAUGGGUUACUAUUCUCUUUCUCAGUUUUUUCCAAUGCAAUGUAUGUCUCAUUUUUUCUCUGUCAUUUUAAAAAGUAUAUGCUUCAUGAAAGUAUUGUUCAUUUAUAAUUUUUAAGGAAGUUCCUUUCUUACUGAAUUAGAUAGCUAUAAAAGGAAGACAAAGGGAAUUUUUGGGAAACAAGUUCACUUGUUCAUUUCUGUAUUAUCUACUUAAUGGUUUGAAGCCCGUGUAAUUUUUUCCUAUUAGUGAAUGUCUCUGUUCUCCCUCCUCCACCUCCACCCCAGCAAAAUUUAUAUGUUGAAGUUCCCCAAUAUGAUGGUAUUAGGAGAUGGGGCCCUUUGGGAGUAAUUAGGGGUAAUGAGGUCAUGAGAGUGGAACCUUCAUGAUGGGAUUAGCACCCUCAUGAGAAGAGACACCAGAGAGCUGGCUCCCUGUCUCCCCACCACGUGAGGAUGCAGUGAGAAGAGGACCAUUUAUAAACUCGGAAGAACCCUUACCAGAAACUGACCGUGCUGCCACCUUGGUCUCAAACUUCUAACCUUCAGAACUAUGAAAAAAUAAAUUUCUGUUUAAGUCACCUCGUCUGUAGUAUUUUGAUAUGACAGUCCAAGCUAAAACAGAUAGCUAAAGGCAAGUGAGGAAGAUAUA